AUUAUACCUGUUCCUGAACACACAUCACGUAAGACAGCAUGUCCUCAGUCGCGGAGUACACAUUUUGUGAAACUUUUGAAGUCACUGCAGAUGUUAAGCGUGACUUCGACGAAUAUGGUUACAUAUUGCUUAGGGGAGUACUGGACAAGGAAGAACUAUCCAUGAUAGAACAAACUAUAAAGGGAUCAGAUGCCAUCAACAAACAUUUGUAUUAUGAAAAUGAAUAUGAAGGCAAGAAAACUGAUAAAGUCAUGUGGUCCCAUCCCGGAACUGACGUCACUGGAAUGGUGUCGAGGAGUAAGAAGAUUGCAGGGAUCAUGGAGAAGUUGCUUGGAGGGGAGGUAUACCACUACCACUCAAAACUAAUGAUGAAGGAGGGCGGUGUAGGAGCCAGACACGUAUGGCACCAGGACUAUGGGUACUGGUAUCACAAUGGCUGCCUGUUCCCAGACAUGGGUACUGUAUUCGUGGCAAUUGAUCCUUGUAGGAAAGAAAACAGCUGCCUCCAGAUUUUACGCGGGUCACACAAAUGUGGUCGAAUAGAGCAUCGACCAGUAAAACAACAGUAUGCUGUGGAUGAAGCGAGAAGGGUCGAGAUAGCUAAGUUCUGCCCUCAUCAUUACGUAGAGAUGGAAGCAGGUGAUGUCAUCUACUUCCAUUGUAACCUGAUCCAUUCGAGCAGUGAUAACACAAGUGACAAGAGGAGAUGGGCCUUCCUGACCGCUUAUAACAGGGCCAGUAACAACCCAACUAAAGAGCACCACCAUCCACGGUAUACACCACUACACCAGGUACCCAACUCGGCUAUUAAGGAAUGCACAAACUAUACAGACAUGGACGGGAAAAUAUUCCUCGACCUCAAAAGAGAUUAUACCAUCAAAACGAAUUUCCAGAAACACGAUCAAGCGUAAUAUCACAAAAUUUUACUUCUAAGCGAAAGAUUUCAAACUGUUCUCGUAUUAAUUAAAAGGAUUAUUCUUGGA